UUGGGGACGGACGCUUCACGGACACUUCCUGUUUACGAGAGCUUGCUAUGCGCGAAACACGUAAUGGAGGAAUAGCAAGGCAGUCCGUCUCUUUCUUUGUACUUUGAUUAACAGGAUUCGUUUUUUGACGGUUUUUUUCCUUCUAGUUUACGUUAUAUUUAAACGAAUUAACAUGCCGAUGUCCGAGCGAUCCGAUUCUGACAGCAAAGACCCAUGGCCAAGAAGACGGAGUCGAUCUCGCAGUCGUAGUGGUAGUUACAGGCAAAGGAGUCUGUCUCCGGAUUAUUUUGGUCCCAAGCUCCCAAAGCCCCGUAACAGGGAACGGGAGCGGGAAGAGCGAGAACACCGACUCCGUGAGGCAAGAAACAUCAAGAGGAUCCGCAUCGCAAGUCCCCGUCGCAGCCGUUCACGAUCCCGAGAGCGAUACAACAACCACUGGUCUGAUCAGCGCGGAGGUUUCAGAGACGAGUACUACGACCAACAACGGGAUGAUGCCCAACGACAGAGACAAGAGGCUUUCAUCGCCAGGCGACUUCAAGAGAGGGAGAGGAUUGGUGAAUUAGGUUCACCCGAGGUCUGGGGAUACUCGCCUAGAGUGAAGGAACCAGACUCGGAUGAAUUCACACCUGUUGAGGAAGAUGUGAAAAAUAGCACUUCAGAUUCUAGCUCGGAGGAGGACAAGAAAAGGAAAAAGAAGAAGAGGAAAUCCAAGAAAAGGAAAAAUAAAAAGCACUCGGAAAACAGUGAAUCAGAAUCAGAUUCAGAAGAGGAAGAAAUAAAGAAGAAGAAGAAGAAAAAGAAAAGUAAAAAGUCCAAAAAGUCCAAGAAGAAGAAGGCAAAGAAGAUUAGUAAGCAGUCCAGUGACUCGAGCAGUGUGGAGUCUGAUGAAGAGGAUGCUAAUGGGGUAAUGUGGGUGGAGAAGACCUGCAUAGACGAACACCUCGUGGGCCCUGAAGCCCCGCUGACUCAUCUGUCCCAGGAUGACAGACCUUUAGACUUUGGUCACGCAUUGCUGCCAGGUGAAGGUGCUGCAAUGGCAGAGUAUGUGAAAGCAGGCAAACGUAUCCCAAGAAGAGGAGAAAUUGGGCUUACCAGCGAGGAGAUUGCAAACUUUGAGAAGUCUGGCUUUGUGAUGAGUGGUAGCAGACAUCGUCGUAUGGAGGCUGUGCGUCUGAGAAAGGAAAACCAGAUCUACAGUGCUGAUGAAAAGAGAGCCCUUGCAUCCUUCAACCAGGAAGAAAGGCGAAAGCGAGAGAGCAAGAUCCUCUCAAGCUUCAGGGAAAUGGUGUACAGGAAAACUAAAGGCAAAGAGGAAAAGUGAAUGUUGCAGAUCUACAGCUCAUUCAGCUUACUUGUCAGAGGCAAUGUCCCCUUGUGACUCCUGAUUUUAGGUCUUGGGCUUUUCUGUUUUUCUUAAAGGGGACCAUGUAAGGGUCUGUUCUAGUGGAAUGUACUGUGUGGAAGAACAAUUGUAGUUUCAUAGUAAGUACAUUACAGCAGUUGCAGUUGAUCUGCUUGUUAUUUUUGUAUGAUGUUAUAUAGAUGAAAAUGAGCUGUUAAGCUCCUGUCAUCCUGAAUUUCUUUCUGUAAAUGUUCAUGGAAACACUUAACUGAAUGAUUAAUAAAUGCCCCCAUCAUCUUGUCA